CGUCAUUUCCCCUCCCGCUCCGUUAAAACCUUCCCAGAAAAUUUGCUUCGCUUCACAAAUCUCUGAUUCACAAGCCGCCUGAGAAGAAAGCCCAAUUCCCCAAAAAAAACCCCCCGAACUCCAAAUGGCGGAAGUCACCUACCUUCAAAUCCACGACCUAGAAGAAAACCCAGCCUUCGAAUCCCUCCCCUACUGGUCCUCCAACGACUUCGACCUCUACAUCUCCUCCGAUCCCGAUUUCCCGCCGGCCCAGUUCGUCACCGUCCACGAAGAAGACGACGAAGACUUCGACGGCGAAGACGACAUCUUUUCCCAGUACCAUUCCACAAUCCACGCCGAGCGGAGCCGCGACGACGUCGUUUCGGAGCCCAAUUCCAUUUCCAACACCGACGACUUGUCGUCGGACCGCGAGAACCAGGUCAAUUUCGUCAUGGAUCUGUUCCAGCAGCGCGUCGAGCAGUCUCAGGUAACGGCCCGUUCCGUUUUGGUCUCCGGCGACUCCGAUUUUGGGGUUGUGGAGGGGAAUUGCAAUAUGGAUGAUGGGUUGGAUCUGGAUUUGAGUUUAGGGUUAGGGUUAGAUUUUAGGAAUUGUUUUGAUGAUCCUGAUGAAGAUGACUUCUUUGUGGGAAGGAGGGUUUCUGGGUCGGAAUCCGGUGAGGCGACUUCUUCUGUUGGUAGGGUGGAGCCGUUUGAGAGCUGCGUGAGGCUCGUCGGGUUUGGAUCCGAGUCUGAUGAGGAUGAGAAUGGGGUGAUUGGGCUUGAUUUGCAUUCGGAGGAUGAGUAUGGUGAGGACCAUGUUCAUGGUGAUUACGAUGACGAAACGGGGGUUCCUCUGUGCUGGGAUUCGCUUCGAUUGGAGGAGCAGAGGGAGAGUAAUGAGGAGUUUGAGUGGGAAGAAGUUGAUGGUAGGGUGGAAGAGGUUUUCGGAAUGCUUGUUGAUCCUGAUAAUGAGGAGGAAUCGGGGUCUGUUUCGGUUUCUCUUUCGGCGAUGGCUGCUCCUGAGGAGGAAUUGAGGGUGGAGAGAGUUGAAGCUCUGGGGAAUUUGGAAUGGGAAGUGUUGCUGAAUUCCCGCAAUUGGGAGCCGAAUCAGGAGCUGGACCAUGAUGCUGAACAUUUCCCUGGUGAUCACGAUGACUACAUCUACACUGCCGAAUAUGAUAUGUUGUUUGGGCAGUUUUCCGAGAAUGAGAAUGCAGUGAUGGGCAGGCCUCCGGCUGCUAAUUCUGUUGUUGAGACUCUUCCUUCAGUGGUUGUGACUCAGGAGGAUGUGGAGAAUGGCAAUGCACUCUGUGCGGUAUGCAAGGAUGAUAUUACUCUCGGGGAACAAGGAAAGAAGUUGCCUUGUGCACAUAGAUACCAUGGCGAUUGCAUUGUGCCCUGGCUGCGCAUUAGGAAUACUUGUCCAGUUUGUCGAUAUGAGUUGCGUACUGAUGAUGCUGCUUAUGAGCGUAGGAGGAGCCAGGGGACAGCUCAUGGACUGAACUUUGGGCAGAGAUGAUUUUGAAAUCUUUCUUGAAGCAUUAGGUUUUUGAAAAUGUAGAUACUGAUGUGGUGAAGAGUGUAUCUCUCUUUGGGUUAAGAGAGAUAGAGUUUACCGUUCUCUGUGAGGAUUAUAUGAUUCGUGAUGCUUUAUUUGUUUUGGUCAUAGCGUAAGAUUGUUCAAUGACUGGAGUAAUUUUUCAUGGUUAUCAUGUUAACUACUUUUGAACAUUUAGACAUUUAUUAUGCUUGUUUUUGCUGGAAGAUGAUUCCUUAUAAUGUUCAAGCAUAUGAUGUAAUAAAAUGGCGGUGUAGUCAAAUUGUUGUCUUCA